GCUGCAAAAAGCGAUGGCACAUCAAAUACAUACGAGGACGAAGAAAAGGCAGAGGAAGCACGCAUUGCUCUAUAUGAGCUUCGGGCUAAAAAGCGUCGCGAGCUGGAAGCAGCGAGGACUCGAGCAGCUAAAAAUGCAUCUGAUUCACAACCGACCUUCGAGCAAGAAAGUGACUGGACUUUUGUUCCGGCUUCGACUGACACUACUGAUGGUCUUAGCGAAGAAAAGUCAAGUACCGCUGCCAAAGGGAAGGGAAACCCUGGUGCAGCAACAGGAAAGGAAAGCACUGACGUACCAACAAGAAAGGAUAGCCCUGGCACAAAGAAUGAAGCGAAAGUCGCUGUCAGGGAUGACGACGCUCAGAAAUUCGACAGUGUUACAUAUGAUUCCAGCGCUGAAGGCAAAAAAGUGAAGAAAGGGAAGAAGCGAAAGCAAGAAGAAUCUAUUCACAAGGACUGCACUACGAAAGACAUUGAUGAGUUGUUUGAAGCUGCAGAAGAAAAAGUCAUGAACGACUUGAAAGAGAUUGCUAAGAAGAUUCGCGAUGAAGAAGAGGAAGCAGAAACAAAGAAAACAAAAGGUAGAAAAAAGAAAAAGAAGCCUUCAAAGUCAACAGAAGAGGAAGAAAAGAAGGAUGAAGCUGUUGAUAUCUCUCUGGAUCCCAAAAACUUCUUGCAG